AUGGCCGACGACUUCGGCUUCUUCUCGUCGUCGGAGAGCGGCGCCCCGGAGGAGGACCCCGCCGCCGCCUUCCUGGCCCAGCAGGAGAGCGAGAUCGCCGGCAUCGAGAACGACGAGGGCUUCGGGGCGGCCGACGGGGCCCCGGGGCAGGCCCCGGACGUGGGGGCUGAUUUUGAGGACGUGGGGGCCACUGUGAACGGAGAUGUCUUUCAGGAAUCCAACGGCCCCACAGACGGCUAUGCAGCUAUCGCCCGGGCUGACAGGCUGACCCAGGAGCCCGAGAGCAUCCGCAAAUGGCGGGAGGAGCAAAAGAAACGGUUGCAGGAGCUGGAUGCUGCUUCGAAGGUGAUGGAGCAGGAAUGGCGUGAAAAGGCCAAGAAGGACCUGGAGGAGUGGAACGUGCGUCAGAGUGAGCAGAUGGAGAAGAACCGAGUUAACAACAGGAUUGCUGACAAAGCAUUUUACCAGCAGCCGGACGCCGACGUGAUCGGCUACGUGGCCUCGGAGGAAGUCUUCCUGAAGGAGUCCAAGGAAGAAAACCCCGGCACGGAGUGGGAGAAGGUGGCCCAGCUGUGUGACUUCAACCCCAAAAGCAGCAAGCAAUGGAAGGACGUGUCGAGGAUGCGCUCGGUGCUCAUCUCCCUCAAACAGACGCCCCUGUCCCGCUAGCCGCCCGCCCAGCACGACCAAAGAGCGGGGGGGCAGGGGAGGACACGGGCCACUCCUCCGCCAGCGGGCUCGCCUGGACAAGCACAGCAGGUUCAGUCGGACGCCAGCAAGGGGCGCUGCUGCCCCUGCCUCCGCUCCCCCGCCCCCUUUGCUCCCUGGUGUGCGUGGCUGGUUUGGUUGGGUUGCUGGUUGUAACCGUCCCCUGAUUUUCCUUUGCUUAAAGGGUGCAUUGGUCUCUUUUUACAC